AUGUCAUCAGCUUCGACCGAAAAACAACCAUAUGCCGACGAAGUCGUGCGAGGAGGAUAUGCAAAGAUAUUCGAGGGCCAUACAGUCUUCCUCACCGGAUGUACUGGGUGCUUAGGAGGUUGUCUCCUGUACAAGCUAGCUUUGCAACUGCCAACUCGCAAGAUUUUUGUCUUGGUUCGAGGGAACUCCCAACUCGCUAUUGGAAAAUUGAGAGAAUCGAUGCCAAAUCAUGCACAAGCUAUUUUAUCCACAAAGAAAGUCGAGUUUGUGGUUGGAGAUAUAAAAAUGGUGGACUUUGGAAUUGAAACUACUAUCCUUCGACAACUUCAAGAUCAAGUUACGCUGGUCAUUCAUACUGCAGCCAAGAUCAAGCUUGAAGGUCCUAUUCGUGAUGCACUGGAAAGCAAUUGCCUCCCUGCGCUAGAAAUGGCACGGAUUGCUUCUGAAUUCCGGCGACUGAAACUCCUCAUCCAGCUCUCUACAUCAUAUGUCAAUAGUCAUCUUCCCGAUGGCCCAGUUUUAGAGCGGAUAUAUCAAUUGGGAGGUGAAGAAGAUCCGGAGGAAGAGCUGGCAUCCAUGUUGACGCUGGGCACAUCGCCGCACGCGGGCAAAUUCUCGUCUACUUACACCCAAGCCAAACAUAUCAUGGAACGUCUACUACUCAGUCGUUUCCCUCUUCUUCCAAUUCUACUGUUGCGGCCAACAAUCUUCGGUCCUGCAUUUAGGCACCCCUACUCGCUAUAUGGAUCGGAGGACUCCACGCCUCUCACCAAGUUUACCAGGCUCUGGUUCUCCGAUCGUGGUACCACACAAGUUUGGCAUGCCACGGAAGGCUAUAAAACAGGCACCAAUAUCCUGGACGAGAUCCCCGUGGACCUCGUAGCAAACGCGUGCCUAUUGCACGCGGCAGCACGGACGACGGGCAUUGUCCAGGUUGGUUCCCAGCUCUAUCACCCGAUUACCUUCGAUGAGGUCUUCCGACUGGGCCUGGAGAAUGCCACACCUGCAGCCCAGCGAGAGUUCCCAAAGAUCAUCUUCUCCGAAGAUCACAGCACACCGCAGUGCUUUCUUGCUGAGUUGAUUCAAGUAGGUACUCGCAACUGGCUGUUCGAUUGCGGGCGGUCCUACUGGCUCAAACAGGUGAGCGGACCAUUGAGCAUGCAGGUGUGCAAACAUGAGGCAGAUGCUUUUAAUUUGAUACGAACUCACGAUGGCCUCGGGACUGGAAAGGAGAAAGCGCGGAUGUGA